AACCGCGAUGGAUACUGAAUGUGUCAACAGUGACCUGGAGGUCUUCCAGAAGAGUCACCCCAAGACCCGUGGAGAGAACACCCCACAUACUGGGAACAGAAAGAGAACAGGCACUGCAGGGAAGACGAUAGAUCAAGAGACUGACUCGACUGAUGAUGAGGUGAGCUUUCGACAUCUCCACAACUUGGCCAGCAGAACACCCCGCAACACAGACACAGACUCUAAGAAGAUGUGUUACAACAAUUCAAGGUGGAGACUGGAGGACUAUGACACAGAAUCACAACAAUCUCAAGAAGGGGAUCACAGAGCAGAUGACCAGCUCCAGGCAGUGGAAGAGACAAGCCUCCAUCUCAAGAGACUUGGCAAGAAGUUGGGCCUAACACUACAAGAAGUGCUGUACUCCCUGUACAUCAACAGUGGCAGUGAAGAGGAUGCCCUGCACUGGAUCCGAUUUGGUGUGGAUACACAAGGGUACCCAGCCUGGAGUGAGAAGGAUGAUGAUAUAUUGCUGGGCACAGAUGAGGACAGUAUGGCAGCCCUGGAGAUGAAACACGGACCAAAACGCUUGAUGUCCCGUAGAGCAUUCAUUGAGGGCAUGUAACCUGCCAAACCUUCUUCAGCAGAAGAUGGUGUUCAAGUUUUCAUUAUGGACAAUAACAUCUGAUGAAAUGUUA